CAAAUGAUUCUUGGUGUGGCUUUAAAACACCUUGUUUGAGUGAGGAGUCCACAUGUGUUGACUGACUGGUGGUUUUAGUAGCUCAGAAAGAGAAAGAAAAUGAGUGUUGUUAAAACAAUUAUUCUGGUGGUUUUCCUUGACCAGUUAGUAUGGAAUGUGCUCAGCUCCCCAGUGGAACAUGGCUUCUCUUCCUGGAAUUCAAACAGAAAAAAUGGUGAUCUGGUCCGUAGCAAACAGAACAUGGAUGAGUCACUAUCAUCUGGUUCUGUGAACAAACUUAACCUGGAUUCUACUGAGGCAUCUGGUUCAGCUCAAGGCAACUUCAGCCAGGAUGCUACUGAGGAGUCUGGUUCCGCUCCAGGCAACUUCAGCCAGGAUGCUACUGAGUCUGGUUCCGCUCCAGGCAACUUCAGCCAGGACGCUACUGAGUCUGGUUCCGCUCCAGGCAACUUCAGCCAGGAUGCUACUGAGGAGUCUGGUUCCGCUCAAGGCAACUUCAGCCAGGAUGCUACUGAGUCUGGUUCAGCUCAAGGCAACUUCAGCCAGGACGCUACUGAGGAGUCCGGUUCUGCUCCAGGCAACUUCAGCCAGGAUGCUAUUGAGUCUGGUUCAGCUCAAGGCAACUUCAGCCAGGACGCUACUGAGGAGUCCGGUUCCGCUCCAGGCAACUUCAGCCAGGACGCUACUGUGGAUUCUGUUUCUGCUCCAGGCAACUUCAGCCAGGACGCUACUGAGGAGUCCGGUUCCGCUCCAGGCAACUUCAGCCAGGACGCUACUGAGUCCGGUUCAGCUCAAGGCAACUUCAGCCAGGACGCUACUGAGUCCAGUUCUGCUCCAGGCAACUUCAGCCAGGACGCUACUGAGGAGUCCGGUUCCGCUCCAGGCAACUUCAGCCAGGACGCUACUGAGUCCGGUUCAGCUCAAGGCAACUUCAGCCAGGACGCUACUGAGUCCAGUUCUGCUCCAGGCAACUUCAGCCAGGAUGCUACUGAGGAGUCUGGUUCCGCUCCAGGCAACUUCAGCCAGGACGCUACUGAGGAGUCCGGUUCCGCUCCAGGCAACUUCAGCCAGGACGCUACUGAGGAGUCUGGUUCAGCUCAAGGCAACUUCAGCCAGGACGCUACUGAGGAGUCCGGUUCUGCUCCAGGCAACUUCAGCCAGGACGCUACUGAGGAGUCCGGUUCCGCUCCAGGCAACUUCAGCCAGGACGCUACUGAGGAGUCUGGUUCAGCUCAAGGCAACUUCAGCCAGGACGCUACUGAGGAGUCCGGUUCCGCUCCAGGCAACUUCAGCCAGGACGCUACUGAGGAGUCCGGUUCCGCUCCAGGCAACUUCAGCCAGGACGCUACUGAGGAGUCCGGUUCCGCUCCAGGCAACUUCAGCCAGGACGCUACUGAGGAGUCCGGGUCCGCACAAGGCAACUUCAGCCAGGACGCUACUGAGGAGUCCGGUUCCGCUCCAGGCAACUUCAGCCAGGACGCUACUGUGGAUUCUAUUUCUGCUCCAGGCAACUUCAGCCAGGACGCUACUGAGGAGUCUGGUUCAGCUCAAGGCAACUUCAGCCAGGACGCUACUGAGGAGUCCGGUUCCGCUCCAGGCAACUUCAGCCAGGACGCUACUGAGGAGUCCGGGUCCGCACAAGGCAACUUCAGCCAGGACGCUACUGAGGAGUCCGGAUCCGCACAAGGCAACUUCAGCCAGGACGCUACUGAGGAGUCCGGAUCCGCACAAGGCAACUUCAGCCAGGACGCUACUGUGGAUUCUAUUUCUGCUCAAGGCAACUUCAGCCAGGACGCUACUGAGGAGUCCGGUUCCGCUCCAGGCAACUUCAGCCAGGACGCUACUGAGGAGUCCGGUUCCGCUCCAGGCAACUUCAGCCAGGACGCUACUGAGGAGUCUGGUUCAGCUCAAGGCAACUUCAGCCAGGACGCUACUGAGGAGUCCGGAUCCGCACAAGGCAACUUCAGCCAGGACGCUACUGAGGAGUCUGGUUCAGCUCAAGGCAACUUCAGCCAGGACGCUACUGUGGAUUCUAUUUCUGCUCAAGGCAACUUCAGCCAGGAUGCUACUGAGGAGUCCGGUUCAGCUCAAGGCAACUUCAGCCAGGACGCUACUGAGUCCGGUUCUGCUCCAGGCAACUUCAGCCAGGACGCUACUGAGGAGUCCGGUUCCGCUCAAGGCAACUUCAGCCAGGACGUUACUGAGGAGUCUGGUUCAGCUCAAGGCAACUUCAGCCAGGACGCUACUGAGGAGUCCGGUUCCGCUCCAGGCAACUUCAGCCAGGACGCUACUGAGGAGUCCGGUUCCGCUCCAGGCAACUUCAGCCAGGAUGCUACUGAGGAGUCUGGUUCAGCUCAAGGCAACUUCAGCCAGGACGCUACUGAGGAGUCUGGUUCAGCUCAAGGCAACUUCAGCCAGGACGCUACUGAGGAGUCUGGUUCAGCUCAAGGCAACUUCAGCCAGGACGCUACUGUGGAUUCUAUUUCUGCUCAAGGCAACUUCAGCCAGGACGCUACUGAGGAGUCCGGAUCCGCACAAGGCAACUUCAGCCAGGACGCUACUGAGGAGUCUGGUUCAGCUCAAGGCAACUUCAGCCAGGACGCUACUGAGGAGUCUGGUUCAGCUCAAGGCAACUUCAGCCAGGACGCUACUGUGGAUUCUAUUUCUGCUCAAGGCAACUUCAGCCAGGACGCUACUGAGGAGUCCGGUUCAGCUCAAGGCAACUUCAGCCAGGACGCUACUGAGGAGUCCGGUUCAGCUCAAGGCAACUUCAGCCAGGACGCUACUGAGGAGUCCGGUUCCGCUCAAGGCAACUUCAGCCAGGACGCUACUGUGGAUUCCGGCUCUGCUCAAGGCAACUUCAGCCUGGAUGUUACUGUGGAGUCCGGCUCAGCUCAAGGCAACUUCAGCCAGGAUGCUACUGUGGAUUCCGGCUCAGCUCAAGGCAAUUUCAGCCAGAAUGCUGCAGGUGAAUCUGCUGGUUCUGUCCACCUGUGAGACUUUAUUUGAAGUGUUACCUUUAUCUGAAUGUUAAGUGUUUCUAAAGAUGAACUCCCUUCUGGAACUUCAGAUCUAUUUGGUCAACCAUGAAUGUUUGUUCUGCAAUUAACAUCGGUUUGUCACUGAAGCUGGUUUUGUCCUUGGAUUUUUGCUUGACUGUAUCCCAAUAAAAGACUGUCCUAUUUAAAA